AAUUGGUUGGUUAUUUCCUUGACGUAUACGCAAGUGCUGCAGCGAUUGGUGACAUUUUGGCGGGGAGAGCGCAGUUUGAAGUGAGGCGCUUGUGGGUUCUUGCUGCGUCUGUUUGCUCGCUGGGCCGGUGAUCUUCGCGUUAUUGAGAUACAGCGGGUGUUCAGUGAGGAGCGUCUGUGAGGUAAAAGGAUCGCAUUUCCGGAUUUCCUUGAUACCGCUCCCACCAUGACGUUUCACUUUCACAUCCCACUGGCCUUCAGGGAUCUACUAAAAAGUGGGGGCAUUGGACAGUAUGUGGUGCAAGAAGUCAUGCCAGUGCGACAGCUGGAUGCUCAGUUUGCUGCCUUCCAAACUUCCUUCCGGACAGAGGGCCCCCUCUGCAUCCUCCAGCACUUUGAUACUCUCUAUAGCAUACUGCACCAUUUCCGGUCGCUGGAUAUUGCAAUUAAAGAGGAUGUUCUUGAGGUGAUGGUAAAAGUGGCAUCACGGCAUGCAAAUGAACUCCCUGCUAUACUAGAGGAUCUUAAUAUGUCAGUACCCCAGCGUGCUGCCCAUCUUAAUGCACUCAAGAUGAAUUGCUUCAUCCUCACACAGUUAAUUGAAGCCUUUGAAGCAGAAACGUACAAGGCCUCACUGGGCAGUGUAGAGCCAAGUGGCAAGGGUAAGAAGGCUAAAUCCAAACCAGAAGGUUUCUCUUGGGAAUCUGAACGAGAGAGCAUUUUGCAAGCACUCACCCACCUCUUGCAGCUUGAUAUUAGACGUCUUUGGAGCAUGUCUGUGGUGGAGGAAGAGUUUGUCAGCAUGAUGACAAGUUGUUGCUAUAAGAUGAUGGAGAAUCCAAACAUAGUAAUGGCAAAAAACAAAAGUACUCGGGAAGCCUUGGGACACCUCCUUGGCGUUACUGUGAAACGCUAUAACCACAUGCUGAGUGCCAGUGUGAAGGUGAUUCAGCUUUUGCAGCAUUUUGAACACCUGGCCUCAGUUCUGGUUCAUACAGUGAGUCUGUGGGCCACAGAGUACGGCAUGAAACCUGUCAUCGGUGAGAUCAUGAGGGAAAUUGGGCAAAAAUGCUCUCAGGAUCUCUCCAGAGAAUCUUCUGGCUUCAAAGCCUUUGCUACAUUUUUAACUGAGCUGGCUGAACGAAUCCCAGCAAUCAUGAUGCCCAGUAUCAGCGUCCUGCUGGAUUAUUUAGAUGGCGAGAACUACAUGAUGAGGAAUGCAGUAUUAACAGUAAUGGGAGAGAUGGUAGUACGUGUACUGAGUGGGGAUCAAUUGGAGGAAGCCGAAAAGAGCACACGAGAUCAGUUUCUGGACACUCUGCAAGAACAUUUACAUGAUGUGAACACUUAUGUCCGCAGCUGCGUCAUUCAGAUUUACAACCGCAUUGUGCAGGAAAAGGCUCUUCCUCUGUCUCGCUUCCAGUCUGUAGUCACCCUGGUUGUUGGGCGUUUAUUUGACAAGUCUGUAAAUGUUUGCAAGAAUGCCAUCCAGCUUCUGGCAUCUUUCCUGGCAAACAAUCCAUUUACAUGCAAGCUGAGCAGCGUUGACCUUAAAGUGCCCCUAGAAAAAGAAACCAAGAAACUGAAAGAGAUGAGGGAAAAGUACCAAGGACCUAAACCAGUUGUAGUCAUUUCCCCAGAAGAAGAAUGGGAAGCCAUGUUACCCGAGGUGCUUGAAGCUUUUAAGAUUCUGCAGCAGGAGAGUAAAGAAGAGGAGGAUAUUGAAACCGAAGAAAUUGAAUCUUCUCAACAUCUGCGCGAGCAAAUCCUCAUCUUGCUUCUGAAAACAAGCUACAAAAACUCUAUCCGUCUGACACAAAAAGGAAUAGAGCGAUUCCAAGAGGACCCCCUUUUCUCUGAAGGUGAUUCUGAGGCGAAAUCUGUGCUUGGCAUUUUGGAAAAGAUCUUCACAGAAAAGAAGGCUGACUUGGAGCAACCAACCACCAAAGAUCAAGAUGAUGCUCAGGUCAACCCUCCCUCACAAGAAGUGCAGAAGUCUGACAUGGACAAACAAGAAAUGCUGGUUCAGUACCUGUCUGAUGCUCACCAUUUCGCACUGAAAAUAGAAGAGGCCAUUGAUGUCAUUAGUAAAAUGAUGUAUGAAACAGCUGUAUCAGUGGUUCAGGAAGUCAUUGAGUUCUUUGUGACCGUGUCACAGUUUGGAGUGUCCCAAGCCCUACUUGGUGUACGUCGUAUGCUGCCCCUGGUCUGGUCCAAAGAACCGGGUGUUCGCGAGGCUGUGCUAAGUGCCUAUCGACGAUUGUACCUCAGCUCAAAUGGGGAAUCUGAGAGGGUGAAAGCUCAGGCUUUGGUGCGGAGUCUCUCUCUCCUAAUGGUAGAUUCCUCUGCAGGAAUAUUGCAGUGUCUGGAGGAAAUUGUCUCAGAAUUUGUACAGAAAGGAGACAUACAUCCUUCUGUAAUACAGUUACUUUGGGAAAAGUUUACCCAGAAGUCUCCUUGCUCUGCCUUGGAAAGAAGGGCAGCAGUUAUGUUGUUGGGCAUGAUGACCAGGGGUCAACCAGAAAUUGUAAUGAGCAAUUUGGACACUCUGGUGAGUGUGGGGCUUGGGGAGCAAGUGCAGAAGGAUUAUCAGUUGGCUCGGGAAGUGUGUAACUGCAUUUUAAAGAUCACAGACAGCCAGAAGCAAACUCUGGGCAAGAGCACAGAGCCUUUUCGGCUGCCGAAAGAUCACUCUCUGUUUGUGUGUCUGACCGAGGCUGUUGCAGGAGGAAUAGGCUUGUCUGGGCUGCACUGGCUUCCCUUCAAGGAGACAGCGGUGAGGUUGGUGUAUGAGCUUGGAGAGGAACCAGAAGAAAUCUGUUCAGAGAUUCUAUUACGUUGCAGCCAGAAUGUCCUGGAUGGGCACCAAACUCAGGAUGAAGUUCCCAACGUACCUGCCUUCCUCCUCACACAUUUGUUGUCCCUGGCUGGGGAUGUGGCAUUACAACAAGUGGUCCAUUUGGAACGGGCAGUCAGUGCUGAGCUUAGAAGGCGGAGAGUCUUAAAAGAGGAGCAAGAGGCUGAGAAAGUGGGCAAGCAAAGGAAGAGCAAAGCAAAUGAGAGCACAAUGGAGGAAGAGCUGGGGCUGGUUGGGGCUUCUGCAGAUGAUAUUGAAGCUGAACUGAUCAGGAAGAUUUGUGACACAGAGCUGCUUGGGGGACAGCAGUACCUGUCUGCCUUUCUGCCUCUGAUCCUGCGGAUCUGCAAUAAUCCUGGGAGAUACAGUGAUCCUGACCUCUGUACUGUUGCUACCCUUGCCCUUGCUAAAUAUAUGAUGAUCAGCUCCGAUUUUUGUGAUACUCAUUUGCGACUGCUCUUUACUCUUCUGGAAAAAUCGCCUUUACCGAGUGUCCGAUCAAACAUCAUGAUUGCUCUUGGAGACCUCAGUAUACGAUUCCCCAAUCUCAUAGAACCAUGGACCCCCAAUCUUUAUGCCAGACUGAGGGAUCCUUCCCGUGAAGUGCGAAAGACGGCUGGUAUGGUAAUGACCCAUCUCAUUCUCAAGGACAUGGUGAAGGUGAAAGGGCAAGUUAGUGAAAUGGCUGUGCUGCUCAUUGAAUCUGAUCAAGAAAUCUCUGCCCUUGCCAGGAAUUUCUUCAAUGAACUGUCAAACAAGGGGAAUGCUGUAUAUAACUUACUGCCAGACAUAAUAAGCCGACUUUCUGACCCAGACUGUGGUGUUGAGGAGGAAGCUUUCCGUACUAUUAUGAAGCAGCUUCUCUCCUACAUAACCAAGGACAAGCAAACCGAAAGCCUUGUAGAGAAAAUGUGCCACAGAUUCCGUACUGCCAGGACUGAACGGCAAUGGAGGGACCUGGCGCACUGUCUGUCACUUCUGCCUUUCUCUGAGAAGGGCCUGAGGAAGAUGCAGGACUGCUUCGAUUGUUAUGGAGACAAACUGAGUGAUGAGGCCGUGUACAACUCCUUCUUAACUACUGUGGCAAAGAUGCGCAGAGGUGCAAAGCCCGAGCUUAAGGCUCUGAUUGAUGAGUUUGAGCAGAAACUGAGCAGGUGUCACAAUAAGGGUCUGGAGAACAUGGAUGUCCCUGAAGAGCCAAGUGCAGAAAGUGAUGCGCAGCCUCCAAAAGCCAAGCGGCCUCCCCUUGCUUCAGUGAACGUAAAAAAAGGAAAAUCGGAAGAUUUUCAGACUCCCAAACCCCCAGCGUCCCGGAAAAGUCGCAGGAAGGUGGCUGUAAAUUUCUCGAGUGAUGAGGAAUCCGAUCUGGAGGCUGAGCUGAGUGAAGCAGAGACACCCAAAAAUCCGACGCCCAUCAGACGCACUGCCAGAUCCCGAGCCAAAUGAUCCUGCAGCAUUGACGCCAUGUGUAACUUCUGUUUGUCUUUAAGUUGUUUUUAAUGUUUGUAACUUGCAAUUUUUAUCUUCAUUUAUGUAAGUGAUCUUUUUAUUGUCAAUGGGACUUUUUAAUUGGUUUUGUAAUAUUAAACCUUUAACUAUUUUA